GGAUCAGGUGUUCAGGAUCACCCCGAGAGAACAGAGGGAGGUGAAGCUGCUGCAAAGCAUCCUGGGACACAUGCAGGUGGAUCUAUGGCAGCCAAACAGCGCCGCUCUAAUCUGUCUCAACAACACGGUGGACGCUCACGUGAAAUGCAACGACACACGACGACUACACACACACACCUGCAGCGAGAAAACAUCGAUUACAGGGUGUUCAUCUCCGACCUGCAGAGGGAGAUUCAGAAACAGACGGGGUCUCGUUCCUCCAGGAAGAGAAGGAGCGAGGCUCAGUACGACUACGAGGUGUACCAUUCUCUGGACGAGAUCCAGAGCUGGAUGUUUGAGAUGAACAGGACUCACUCUGAUCUGGUGGACAUGUUCUCUGUGGGGAAGUCUUAUGAGGGGAGACCGCUGUACGUGCUUCAGAUAGGAAAGAGGAGUCGUCAGCAGAAGAAGGCGGUGUGGAUCGACUGUGGAGUUCACGCCAGAGAGUGGAUCGGCCCGGCGUUCUGCCAGUGGUUCGUCAAAGAGGCCAUAAACUCGUACCAGUACGACUCCGUGACGCGGCGUCUCCUGAACCAGCUCAGCUUCUACAUCAUGCCAGUGUUCAACGUGGACGGGUAUCACUUCAGCUGGACCACGGAUCGGUUCUGGAGGAAAACCCGGUCUAAGAACCACAAGUUCCACUGCAGAGGAACGGACGCCAACAGGAACUGGAAGGUGAAGUGGUGCGAGGAAGGAGCCUCUUCUCACCCGUGUGACGACACGUACUGCGGACCCUUCCCUGAGUCUGAGCCCGAGGUGAAAGCCGUGGCAAAGUUCCUGAGGAAGAACAGGAAGAGGGUGAAAGCGUACAUCUCAAUCCACGCCUACGCUCAGAUGCUGCUCUACCCGUACUCAUACAAGUACGCAACUAUACCCAACUUCAGCUGCGUGGAAUCAGCGGCUCACAGUGCAGUCAGCGCUCUCUACUCUGCGUACGGAGUCCGGUAUCGGUACGGCCCCGCCUCCACCACCCUCUAUGUGAGUUCUGGCAGCUCCAUCGACUGGGCCUACAGGAACGGGAUCUCGUACGCCUUCGCCUUCGAGCUUCGGGACACAGGAUACUACGGCUUCCUGCUGCCGGAGUCUUUGAUCAGCCCCACCUGCACAGAGACGCUGAGAGCCGUCAAGGCCAUCGCAUCGGGGCUGCUGAAGAAGUGUGAGGUGGACAAGGACACGUUUCCAUACAUAUGAGCUCCGAAACGACUAUUUUUCAUACCAGAGAUGAUUAGGGAUCAUCAGGGGAGAGCAGAGAUCCAUUAGAAACUAUCAGAGACCAUCAGAGACCAUGUUCUGGUGCCAAAGAUCUCCCCAUAACUAGACUGUAUAUACCUACUGUUAACCCUAACCCUAACCCUAUAUACCUACUGUUAACCCUAACCCUAUAUACCUACUGUUAACCCUAACCCUAUAUACCUACUGUUAACCCUAACCCUAUAUACCUACUGUUAACCCUAACCCUAUAUACCUACUGUUAACCCUAACCCUACUGUUAACCCUAACCCUAACCCUAUAUACCUACUGUUAACCCUAAUCAUAUAUACCUACUGUUAACCCUAACCCUAACCCUAUAUACCUACUGUUAACCCUAAUCCUAACCCUUAGACACAAUAAUAUCCCAAAUAGUCCUGGAUCAUGAAAUCCUCUCCUUUUGUACCGAUCUCCUCUAAAUAGAUAUUAAUGAAACAGACUUUGAAAGAAAUUAGCUGGAAAUUGGUCAUGUGAGCAUUUUUCACGAUACAAUAGAGAAACAGCUCAGAUUUGAAUGUCUUCCAAAAAUGGUGUUCUCAAAAAGCUCUAUUUUUAUUCCAGUGGCAUUUUAUUCUGAAAAUAUUCAUACAAGAUUAUCUCGUUUUUUAUUCCAGUUGCAUUUUAUUUUGAAAAUAUUCCUACAAGACUAUCUCUAUUUUGAUCACGGUGGUAUUUUAUUUUGAAAAUAUUCAUACAAGAUUCUUUUUUUUUUGUAUCUCAAUUUUUAUUCUGGUGUCAUUUUAUUUUGAAAAUACUCCUACCAAGUGCCUUAAUGUAUGAAUGCCUUUAUUACUGCAAUACUGUUGGUGUAUAUAAUAUGCAAUCACCUGACGAUCAUGGGUUGUUUUUGUUGUUAAUUUCUCAUUUUAUUUGGAUUUUUAUUUACUUUCUGAAUCAAUACUCAGGUACGGAUUACAGAAGCCCUGAAUCAAUACUCAGGUACGGAUUACAGAAGCCCUGAAUCAAUACUCAGGUACGGAUUACAAAAGCCCUGAAUCAAUACUCAGGUACGGAUUACAGAAGCCCUGAAUCAAUACUCAGGUACGGAUUACAGAAGCCCUGAAUCAAUACUCAGGUACGGAUUACAGAAGCCCUGAAUCAAUACUCAGGUACGGAUUACAGAAGCCCUGAAUCAAUACUCAGGUACGGAUUACAGAAGCCCUGAAUCAAUACUCAGGUAUGGAUUACAGAAGCCCUGAAUCAAUACUCAGGUACGGAUUACAGAAGCCCUGAAUCAAUACUCAGGUAUGGAUUACAGAAGCCUUGAAUCAAUACUCAGGUAUGGAUUACAGAAGCCCUGAAUCAAUACUCAGGUAUGGAUUACAGAAGCCCUGAAUCAAUACUCAGGUAUGGAUUACAGAAGCCCUGAAUCAAUACUCAGGUAUGGAUUACAGAAGCCCUGAAUCAAUACUCAGGUAUGGAUUACAGAAGCCCUGAAUCAAUACUCAGGUAUGGAUUACAGAAGCCCUGAAUCAAUACUCAGGUAUGGAUUACAGAAGCCCUGAAUCAAUACUCAGGUAUGGAUUACAGAAGCCCUGAAUCAAUACUCAGGUAUGGAUUACAGAAGCCCUGAAUCAAUACUCAGGUAUGGAUUACAGAAGCCCUGAAUCAAUACUCAGGUAUGGAUUACAGAAGCCCUGAAUCAAUACUCAGGUAUGGAUUACAGAAGCCCUGAAUCAAUACUCAGGUAUGGAUUACAGAAGCCCUGAAUCAAUACUCAGGUAUGGAUUACAGAAGCCCUGAAUCAAUACUCAGGUAUGGAUUACAGAAGCCCUGAAUCAAUACUCAGGUAUGGAUUACAGAAGCCCUGAAUCAAUACUCAGGUAUGGAUUACAGAAGCCCUGAAUCAAUACUCAGGUACGGAUUACAGAAGCCCUGAAUCAAUACUCAGGUAUGGAUUACAGAAGCCCUGAAUCAAUACUCAGGUACGGAUUACAGAAACUCUGAAUCAAUACUCAGGUAUGGAUUACAGAAGCCCUGAAUCAAUACUCAGGUAUGGAUUACAGAAGCCCUGAAUCAAUACUCAGGUAUGGAUUACAGAAGCCCUGAAUGGCCAAAAUUAAAACAUUUGAUGACCUAUUUUUUCCAUGAAAACAAGGUUUUUGUAUUUGUUUUGAUCAAAAUCUCAUGUCAUUUAUGACAUAAUCUCUAAUAACAAGUGUUUCCCUGACGACACUUCUUACAAGAUAAUAAACUGAACGAUUAUCAUUAUCCUGAGAACACACACAGAUACACACGCGCACACACACACGCACGCACACACACACAUGCACACACACACAUGCAAACACGCACACACACACACUAACACACACAUUCAUGCACACAUGCACACACACACAGGCACACACACAGGCACACGCACGCACACACACACUAACACAUCCUGAGAAAUAAGGGAAAUGAAUGGUUUAAAAGUGGCCGCUCAUGGCGUCUGUGAUGAACCAAUGACACUCAGAAAUGUUUACUUUUGAGAAUGAGAUUAUAAUAAAUGUACGAUAUCUGACUUUAAUAAAUGUUGUUGUUGACAGUAAA